UAGGUAAAUUCAUAGCAGUCACUGAUUGGCUGCCCUCCUCACUUUUAACCAAUCAGCAGUACUUUUACAGCAAGGUGCCUUCUAGUGUUGAAGCGUCUAGAUACGAGAAAUCUGCAACAGCAGGCUUGUUGAAUAUAGUUAGCGGGCUCAUUUUUCUUUAUCGUUCCGGGGUAAAACAGGACAGAUUAUUUGGCAAUAAUAACUAAACCUUUUUCAAUGCUAUUUGGCUGAAAGAAUGGUCGGUUAACGACUCGAGCUGUUCGCAUUAACUUAAACUUCAACGAGUGAAACGAGGCUCGAAAAAACCUAUUUUCCACAAUGUUGAAAUUCAGCUUCAGGAGGGAAAAAGACAAGGAGUUUAAGCAUAUAGCUCAUGGUUUGAUCCCUGCUGCCUCCAUUGCUCCCAGGCCCGCUGUGCCUCGUACCCCACCCCCACGCAGCCCAAACCCCUCACCCGAGAGACCCAGAUCAGCAUUAGCAGCAGCCAUCUUGUCUUCUUCACUCACUGGACAGACAUGGGCGCUUCCCCCUGCCCGGCCGAGGUCUUUCUCUGAGAGUGGCCAAUCAGAAUCCUUCAUAUCUGAACCUAACAUCAGCACAGAACUUUUCAACAGAGACAGAUGGUCAGAAGAUUUGGGUAGCCGACCACGCCUGUCCUCCCCUGACCACUCAGAGGAGGAGCAGGAAGACAAGGAAGAGGAGGUGGAGAGUGAAGAGGACAGGGAGGAUCAUGUUUACCAAACUCUUGACAGACAGUCAAUCAUAGAACCUGUCUAUUCCCUGCCACUUAAACCAAAGACUGAUAUCCCCCAACCCACUCAGAUGUCUGGCAGAAGAGGGCCUUCUCCAGAUUUCCCAGAGGAAACCAGUGUCCAGUGUUCUGGAGCCAGCAGUGAUUUUUGCAAGCAAGACUCUGUCAGGAAGAGCCCUGGAAGUCGGAAAGAAGAUGUGAUGUCCGCGCUACCCAUCCUAGCCAUUGACCACCCCAGCCAAGCCAAAAACCAGAAACAACCCACCCAGCGGUCUCCAGAGCCCAGCCAGGCAUUCUGUGAGGUGCAGAGGGAGGUAGCGCGAGCCCUGCCAGAGAAGAACACAAGGAGGGUAGAAGAGCAAAAGCUACUGGAGGAAAGGCUCCAACGGCUGGAACAGGAGAUCAGUCUCAGCCAAGCCUCCUCAAACCAGAGAUCAUCUGCAGGCAGCCAGGCAGAGCUACUGAAUUUGAGGCAACAUGCUCAAGAGCUGGUGGAUGAAAACGAUGCCCUCAAAUUGACAGUUCAUCGUUUGAAUGUGGAGCUGAGCCGCUACCAAACUCACUUCAGGCCAUUGUCCAAACAGGAGAGCUCCAGAAUCAGUGGAUUACCAAAGACAGGGCCUCCUCCUCCCUGGCUGCUUGACAUGAAGUAUUUAUCUCCUUUGCUGCUGGCCUAUGAAGACAGGAUCAAUGAGAAAGAUGCACUUCUGCAAACCACUGAGGAGGAGGUGAAGAAGUUGCAUGUUCAUGUAGAGGGGGUAAUCAAAGAAAAUGAGAGACUACAUGAUGAAAUUACAAAGAUCGGAGGAGUCUGCCAGAAGAACUGUCAUCAGCUACAACAACAGGCCCUUUUGGUGCUGCAGGAGAACCAGGUUCUGAUUGAUCAGCUCGAGGCUCAUCAUGUGAAGGCCAAGGCGACCCACAGCAGGCACCAUUCUGAAGUUUCCAAGGUUUCAAAGCAACUGAUGUUGCUUGAGGUGGAAACGCAGCGUUUACAGGAGAACCUUGAAGAGAGCAGGAGGGAGGCGCAGAAAAAUGGGAGGGAGGUACAAAUCCUGCAGGCCCGCCUGAAGGAUGCCAUCACCUGGGACGAACACUGCAACAUUGCUGGGAAACUCAGAAGGCAACUGGAGGAGCAGGAGAGUAGGUAUAAGAGUGAGAUGGAAGAUUUGCUUCUCCGAUCGUCCAGCCUGCAAGAGGAGAAUAGGAGUCUGGCUCUGGACAAAGCCAACCUGACUGCUGAUUUAAAGAGAAUGGAGGCUGAGAAAGAGCUGACCAAACAAGCCAACAGGAAGGCUGAGAGGAGGAUGAGUGUAUUGAAGAGAGAGAAGGACGAGUGUGUGUUGAAAGAGGAAAAGACUCGGCAUUACAUGGGAGCUGUCAUUUCUGUGGCGGAGCACAUUUCCCAGGAGAGAGACCAACUAUUGAAUAUGGCUUCAGUUCUCCAACAGGAAAAGCAGGGAUUUGUCAGCAGGAUUCUGAAAGGCACGGUUCGAUUUGGCAAACUACAGGAAGAAGUCAAAGUGUACCGGAUGCAGGCGUCAACCAGACUGGCAGUGUUGGAGGAGUCAGCGGAGGGGAGAACAGCUUCUUACCAGAGGGAGAUCCUUCACCUGCAGAGGCUGCUAAGAGAAAGACAGGAGGCUGAGGAGAGACUGCUGCAGUCCAAACGGGAAGUAGAGGAAGAGUUGGAGGUGGUGUGGCAGGCGGCAACCAGGGAGAACAAGCAGAUCAUGGAGACACUUUUGGACUCAAGACUCACUAUGGACCUCCCUGAUCGGGCCUUUUGCCCUCCAGAUGAGGCCACUACAUCCACCCAGCACCAACCGCACAGCUCCGGGCCUCUCCUCUUCACCUCUCAUCAAAGCCCUGGGCUCCAGAGAAGGUCCAUAUUCACAUCUGACUCAGAUCACCAAAACAAGUCCUUGGACGAGAAGCACAAGCAUGGGUUGAAUUUCUAUUGCUAAGAAGAAAAUAAAUACUCCUGAAUAUGCCACUGUACGGACAGCCGCCACAUUGACUUUCUCUCACGGAUAAAACUUUAAGCUGCAGUUGGUAACAUAUAAAUAAAACUUUUGUCAUAUUUUAUGAAACUGACACUACACUACCACAUCUUGACAGUAGUGCUUACGAUAAACUGUGAAAGAAUCAGGUUGGGUGGGGCUUGGUUUUGUAAAUUUGACAGUUUUAGUGGACGUGAGCAGUGAUUCAGAAUACGUUUGAGACUCCUCGGCUCUGAAUGGUUUUUACCCUUUGGGCGCAGUGAAUCUUGCAAAAGGCCAUUAGGAGCACUAGAAGGAGGCAGAAGAGCAUAAUAGGUUUUUUUGUUUUUCUUUUACAGAUUAUCUGGCUCAUAUUACUGUCAGGAUAUAGUGCCAGUUUAAGCAAAUAUGACAAAAAGUUCCCUAGUGAACCUUUUACCUAUACUGUCUCUGUGGUGGUAGCCAGUAUGUACAGUGAAGUGGCAGCAGUAGAAGUGUGGGUAAACUCGCUCCACACUUAUUUGUCCUGAAAUUUGGAGGGAGGAAUCAUAAAGAAACAGGACAGUUUAUCGAAUAGCUCAGUUUUAACAGAGUGGCCAAAUAUACCUGACAUCAAUAUGAGUCGUCAGAAAGACUGCCAUUUUAUAAAGAUAAGGUUAUUUUUUAAUGCAUUUGUCUUUUUUGAAAACAUCUCAGGGUUUUAUGGACCAUGCCAAAUAUAAUAGAAUAACAACUUUACCCAAUAGUGGAGAAAGUUGCAUUAUUCAGCUUGAUUAUCCUAAAGAAUGGAGCCAACAUUGCCACCUGCUGGGCACAUGUGGUAAUGACAUUGUCACAGUGGCAACGUUACAUGGUGCAGAACAGGCACACCUGGAAACGGUGUGUUCA